UUCGUGACAUGUCGAAUUUAUUUCCGCCGGAUCACAUGCCACUUUUGUUGCAGGUAGAAAUUUUACAUAUUAACAAAAUGUGGGGGCAACCUGAGGAUUUACGUUACGCAAUAGCGCAGAAUAAUGUGAACAGAAUCAGAACCAUCAACGUGAAUGGAUAUAAUGUGAAUUCUGUAUACCAAUAUGACACUCCACUUUUGUAUGCACUUCGAUAUAAUAAAAAUUUGGAAGUUAUUGAAUUGAUAUUAAAUAGCGGUGCCAAUGUGAAUUUAAGCAGCAGCAGUGGUGUUCGACCACUAGUCGCAGCCAUCGACUCUAACUGUUCAUUGGAAAUUAUCAAACUUUUGAUAAAUCGAGGAGCAGAUGUAAAUCAACUUGGAAGGAGUAAUUCUAAUUUACGUAAAAAUUAUACCCCACUUUUAACGGCAAUAGAGAAAAAUAAUUUUCAAGUCGUUCAAUUAUUGUUAGAACAUGGAGCAGAUGUCAAUAAAUCAAAUCAAGAUGGAACAACAGCUCUGACACUUGCGCGUAAAUUGAACCGUUUAGAAUUUUUAGAAAAAAGUUUACGUAAAGAAAAGAAUGAAAAUCUAGAAGGUUGUACACCUUUAACUGCUGCUAUCUUGUCUGGAAAGCUAGACGACGCAAAAGUGCUUUUAGAAGAACGAGUAGAUUCUUGCAAAGCAGACUCCAAUAAACAAACUCCUCUUCUUGCAGCAGUGCGAUCUAAAAAUCUAGAAGCUGUGAAACUUUUGUUAAAUUACAAAGCAAAUUUAACAAUUCCUACUGCUUUCCUAGAAGCAAUUAACUUGAAGUGUUCGGAGAUUGUUAAAUAUUUAAUAGAAGAAGGAGCAAAUGUUAAUAAAAAAUAUCGCGAUGGUUACACACCCUUAAUCAAAGCUAUAGAAACUGAAAAUUUAACAAUUAUUGAAGAGCUUUUGAAUAGUGGUGCCAAAGUAGACUUGGCUGACAGUGAAGGGAAGACUCCUUUGGCGUUGGCAGCAAAUAAAAGAAGUAUUCUUAUUGUGAAUCAUUUGGUCGAAGCAGGAGCUAAUAUCAAUUUGGCACAACGUGAACUUGAAGAAUUUGCAAAUGAAGAUGAAGAUUUUGACACUUAUUACCAAAAUUUAAAAGAGGAAAAGGACCAAAAAUUAGCUUCAAUGUCUAAUAGAGAUUUUUAUCAUGGAGUUCACGAAGCUGCAGAUUAGAGACGAUGGGUUUUGUAUCUGGUAUAUUAUCAUGUAAUUGUAUUAUUUUACUUUCUAGAUUUGAAUUAAACAAUUGUUUUAUAUUGUAUUUAUCCCACGUGUUAUAAUGAGAGUGAACAUUUUUUGAAGCAACCAACAUUACUUUUCAAAGAUAAAGAUUAAAAUAUUUGGUUUUAAUAAUUUAAACACACAGUACUUUAACUUUAAUUUAUAGAAAAUCAAGUCUUGUUAGUUUUUUUCUUACUCGAUGUAAUAAUGGUCAGUUUGGGAGUUUUUAUCUUAUUGGUGAAAAAAAUUAAUGUACCACAAAAUUUACGUUAACAGUAUCAUAUUUUAUUGUACAAAAAUAAGUAACAUAUUUUUACUAGAAAUUAUUAAUUAAUACAGACAUUCAGUUUUGUGUUUCUUUGGAUUGUUAUCUGUUGAUAAGAUUUCAAAUUUUUUAUUUAAAAACAUGUACGAAUUGAUCCAUAAGAGAAAACGUUGUAUUAUACACGUAAAGCAAAGUCAGCAUUUUACGCUUGUGAUUCCGUUCUCAAACUUUGGUUUUAAUAAUUUAAACACACAGUACUUUAAUUUUAAUUUAUAGAAAAUCAAGCCUUGGUAAAUUUGGAGAAAUUUACAAAAAUGUUUAGUAAUAACAAAAGUCUGAAAUGAUUCUCAUUUAUGGUAAAAGUUUACAAAACGUAUUGGAGGCUGUAGCACGAUAUCCAAAUAGACGGGCUGUGAGUAUAAAUUUUGUCAAAAAUGAAAAUACAACCACUUUAUUAAAUUAAUUAAAACUAAAUAUUUUAAUAAUCUUGGAAAUGUAAUAUUGGUUACUUUAAAAAAUUGUUCAGGCUCAUUAUUACUUGUGGGACAGCCUGUAUAGGUAGGUGUAUACGUUUAAAUUUAAAAUGAAACACCAAUUCUUGUCUUUUUCAAUUAACAAAUUGUUUUUAUACAAACAUAAACAUUCCUGUGUCUUGUACUGAUUACAAAAAAAAACAUUAAUAGUUACUUUUGUUACAAGUAAGUAAAAUACAGUUUUUGCGAACGAAUCGUUGCUGUUUUCGCAUUAUAAGCAUAAUGUUUUUUUAAGUUUAUAUUGAGUCAUUCUGUAUUCAUUUGUAAAAUAAAUAUUUG